GCGCGUUGACGUCACUUCCGCUGAAGGAAAGGCUUGAUCUGCGCAGCCGCCUCGCGGAGCUCUUUCUUUCCGCCGCCAUCAUGGGUCGCAUGCACGCUCCUGGGAAGGGCCUGUCCCAGUCGGCUUUACCUUACAGGCGAAGUGUGCCCACAUGGUUGAAACUUACUUCUGAUGAUGUUAAAGAACAGAUCUACAAGUUGGCAAAGAAGGGUCUGACUCCCUCACAAAUCGGUGUAAUACUGAGAGACUCCCAUGGUGUUGCCCAGGUUCGCUUUGUGACUGGCAACAAGAUUCUUCGGAUUCUUAAAUCCAAGGGACUUGCUCCUGAUCUUCCAGAGGAUCUUUACCACUUAAUCAAGAAGGCUGUGGCUGUCCGUAAGCAUCUUGAGAGAAAUCGGAAGGAUAAAGAUGCCAAGUUUCGCCUCAUUUUGAUUGAGAGCAGAAUCCACAGGCUGGCUCGCUAUUACAAGACCAAGAGAGUACUUCCUCCUAAUUGGAAGUAUGAAUCAUCCACAGCAUCUGCUCUGGUUGCAUAAGAGUUCUUGUAUUCACCGAUGGAAUUAAAUCAUUUGCAUUUUCUUCGUCAUGCCUACUUCCAUGAAAGCUGAUAGAAUCGGAUGUCAUCUUGACCAAACCAAUAAAAGCUUAUGAUUUUUUCCA